CAGUUAGCAAUCGUUAGAUAGCGAAUCAGCUUGUUGAUAAGAGAAGAGCGAGAUAUAUACAACAGACUGUUUUCUGCUGCUUGUGCUUCCACUGCUAGUUGCUGCUCCUUGCUACCAUGGCCGACUGCUGGAAAGUGAUAGUCCUGGUUACUAUUGCUGCUGUCUGCUCAACCCAGGCUGAAGUGGAGACCCCAAGUCUACUUGUUCAGCUUGAAGACGGAGCUAAGGGUUUCAAUAUAUCAAUACCAGAUGCCGGCAAGGAGAUGGAAGAGUUCAAAUACUAUGUGUCAUUGAACCAAGAGUUCACCGGUGCGCAAAAACUAUACACCAAGGGCAGAGUCGAGUGUUUCUCUGACAAGUCUAGGUUCAGGCUGAGGAAACAACAAGACAUGAGUGAGGGCGACACUUUGCACUUCUACCUGGUCGGGCACCGUAAGGCUGGCAACUUCCAGAUGGAACGAGUCUACGAGGUAAAGAAGAAUGACGAGGGAGUAUUAGAAUUCCAACAGAAGAGCGAGAGGGCAGCGUUGGAGAAGGACGGGUUGUGGUACGAACUGGACAAGCUGGAGGAAAUUAACCCUUGAACAUCUAGACGAUAGAUGUGUUAUAAAUAAUCUAUAGAAUACGUCUUAUACUUCGUUGGCAGGCUAGAGUGUAACAGUAAUACUGAUUUAAUGUUCUUGGUAAAGUUAAUAACUUGAACAAUACUGUCGGUUGAAGUAGGAAACGGUAAGUUUUAUCCUGACAUAUACAAUCUAAAGUUACUGAGACAAUGUAUCCCUUUGUAUAGGCACGUUCCGUUCUAAGCUUUGUCUGCAAUCUUGGCAAAAUUAUAUUGCAUUAAAAAUAUUCUCGACCU